AUGUUCACAACAGCAGCACAACUGCUCGACUUGACCGACAAGAAGCUUAUGGUAUCACUUCGCGACGGCAGGAAACUGAUCGGUGUCUUGAGGAGUUGGGACCAGUUCGGAAACCUUGUUCUUCAGGAUACAGUCGAGCGUCUCUUCGCCCAAAACCUAUAUGCCGAUGUCGACCGUGGUCUCUUCCUCGUCAGAGGAGAGAACGUCUUGCUGCUUGGUGAAAUCGAUUUGGAUAGAGACGACUAUGUGCCCCCUACCUUCCAGCAAACAACGGUCGACCAAGUUUUCGAGCUACACAAGCAAGAGCAGGCACAAAAGAAGAAGCAGGAGAAGAUCAGACACAAGAAGCUGGCUGCAUACGGUUUCGAGGGCGAGCAUUCUGGGGAGGCCAUUCUGUGA